AGUCCACCUACUUUAAAAGAAGAUUAAUUGGCCUUCUCUCUAUUAGUUUCAGUUUGCCUUAAAAACUUGAAUCUUCUCCAAACAAUGAAAAGAACGGAUUUUUUCUGCUCUUCUCAAGCUUCAACAGCCAUCUGCUCUAGCCUGGACCACCGUUCCAUGGUCCGCCGUGGCCAGCGGCCAGUCGACCGACAACGUUCUAAGCCUUAUGCACCUUGUUCAUCAGAAUUGCCCACUAUUCCAGGGCUGCCUCACCAUGAAAAGAGUAGAAAGAGCUCUGUGAAGCCGAGCGAUGUACGUCGAAAAAGUUCGGCUGAUAUCUAUGAUCUAAGGAGUCCUGGUUCCUCCACAUAUCUUCUAGGCGACACACCUUUUAUCGAUUGGUUAUUGGACUCCGACCGCAUAUCACCACCGGUAAAGACAAACAGUGUAAGCUCCGAUGAGUCCCCCGCUCUAAAAUCGUCUUCAUCGGCCCGGUCUCGUCACCAGCAGGUGGUGGUUUUGAGGGUUUCAAUCCAUUGCAAAGGAUGUGAAGGGAAAGUAAGAAAACACAUCUAAAAAAUGGAAGGAGUGACAUCAUUCAGUAUAGAUUUGGCCACAAAGAAAGUGACAGUUGUAAU